AUGCGAGCGAUGGCAAGGGUCCUCGUCAAGCUGUGCAGCCGGAGUGGCGGUGUUCGCGCAACGAUGACGAGCCUCCAGAGUCCAGCCAGCCUACGACUAGCAGCAAUCUCUUACCAUCUCCAAGGUUCCGGUGCCAGUCCCGUUGGCCGAAGCCUCGACGGUCAGGAGCGCAGUAUCUUCGGCAGUCCUGCGAACACCCCACCCGGCCAACAGUCUUCGCGGCCAUCCAACACCCCUGACCAGCCAACCCAGCAUAAUCCCCCUCCGAGCGCAAGCAUAGAAUGGUCAGAUCCGAGCAAUUAUCGUUAUUGGUUGCCCGUUCAGACUCGCUGGUCUGACAAUGACGCUUAUGGACACAUGAACAACACGAAAUACUACGAGCUAUUUGACACGAUAGUGAACAAAUUCUUGCGAGAAGAAUGUAAAGAAGAAGAGCCAUCGAUGGGCCUAGUAGUCCAUUCCGAAUGCAACUAUCUGAAGCCGGUCGGAUUCCCAACACGGGUCAUCGUCGGUUUAGCCACCGAACAUAUCGGGAGAUCGAGCGUUGUUUGGAGGGUCGCUGUAUGGUCCACUCGCGCGGAAUUGGCCAAGGAGGAGGGGAUCGAUCCAGCAAGAUUAAGAGACGAUCUCAUUGGCUGUCAUGCCUUUGGGAACUUCGUCCAUGUCUUUGUCGAUCAGAACUCUAGAAAGAAAACCGAAAUCACUCAAAUCAUCCGUUCAGGUGCUUCGCGCUUACUCGCCAAAAACCAUUAA